GAUGAGCCAACAUUUUAAAAAUGAUGGUAGUUAAAUAGCUUACCAUGCUAGUCCUUCACGUACUAUGUAAGAGGUAUCUGAACUAUCCAGAGAAUAAGCAACUAAGAAACUAUAAGAGAAGAAAAUCUAAGAAUUAGAGUAUAAAAUCAAACAAUCUGAAAUAAUUAUUUAGAGACAAUAAGCAUAAAUAAAUGAUGCUACUAUGGAAGCUGCAAAAGUAGGUAGAUAAUUUUAAGAUGCUUUGAAUGAUUUGAAUUAGUUAAGAUAAUCUAGUGAAAAGAAAGAUUAAUAAAUAGGAAUGUUGUUGGAGGAAAAUGAAAAAGUAGUUAAGGUUUUAGAGAAACUCAAAUAAGAUUAAAAGAUUAUAAAUGGAGAUUAGAAUAAGACUAUAUAGAAUUUAGAGUAAUAAGUACGUGAUCGUUAUUAAGUUGAAAAAAGAAUGAAUGAUGAUAUAUAAUAAAAGAGUAUUUAAGUAAGAUUUUAAUAUAAUUUAGAUUGCAAGUUUAUAGUUUUAACUUUAAGAAUAAUUGAACGAAAAGGAAACAAUCAUAAAUGAUCUUAGAGAAAAAUUAAUUGUUUCUGAGAAGUAAUGGUCAACAGAUGCAUCACUUGGACAUUUAGCAAGAAAGAGAGGUAAGUAAAUUGAAACAUUAACACAUACUAAUAAUGAAUAACUAUUAAAAAUAUAAGAAUUGUAAAAUAAGGUUUCUAUGUUGUUAGAAUAAAAUAAUAAUUUAUAAAAUACUAUUUAAAAAGAUUAUAAUAGAACUGAAGAAUAUAAGAAUUUAAUUAAAUAAUUGGAAGAGAAAAAUAGAGAAUUAUUGGAAAAAUAGAAUGAAAUGAAUGAAUAGAAAAUUUAGAAAUUAAAAUAGUAACAUUAAUUAGAAAUAUAAAAUAAAAUGGAAACAUUGGAAGUUAUUAAAGGGGAUAUAAAUUAGAAGGUUAAUUAAAAUAUGAAAAAUUCCACAUUGCCAAUUAUUGAAGAAUUGAAAAUAGCUAGAUAAACUAUUAAUAAUUUAUAAUGUGAAGUUUAGAAAUUAAGAUUAUAGUAAUAUAAAUCUCUUUAAGGAGAAGCAGAAAAUAUUUAAUAAGAAUUUGAAUAAUUGAACAAAAAGAAUAAUUAAUUAAAUGAAUAAAAUUUCUUAUUAUAAUAGAAAAUAAAAAAAGAUGAAAUAAUCAAUAAAUCUAGAAUUGCAGAAUUAGAAAAGGCAAAUGAAAAAUUAUAGUCUAUUUAAUAAUUAAAUGAAACAAAAAUUGAUGAAUUACAAUAGAAAUUAAAAGAGUUACCUAGAUUUAGAGAAAGAAGUUUAGAAAAUAUUAAAUUUCAUGUUGAUUCUACUAAAUAAACAUGUGAAUUAGAAACUAAAAUAAGAAAAUUAUAAGAUAAAAAUGAAUAAUUGAAUUAAGAUAUUAAUGAAAAGAAUUAAAAGAUUACUUUAUUAUUAGAUCAAGUAAAAUAAGCAUAAUAUGAAAAAGAAAAUGAAAUAUCAUUAAUUAGAUUAGAAUCAGCACAAGAGAUUAGAGAAACAUAAGAAUAAAUGAAAAGAGAAUUAUAAAUGUAAUAAAGAUUAUUUAAUGAUGCAUAAAAACCAUUUUAAGAUUAAAUGAAAUAAGCAGCUUUAGAAUAAUAAUAACUUAAAUAAUCAAUAUAAAGACAAUAAAAUGAAAUAAAAUAAUUAGAAAAUAGAAUUACAAGUAAGAUUAUUUUUUAAUUAUAGAUUUAAUUAAUGAAAAUUAAUAAUUACAUAAUCAAUAAGACUAAUAAAGAUUAGUUGAAGAUUAAUUGUUAAAGGAUAAAUAGAAUUUAGAAUAUAAAUUAAUGGAUAGAUAAAAAGAAUUAGAAAAUUGGAAAGAUAAAUUUAAUAAAACAACUAAUAAUUUUGAAAAAUAAACAGAAAGAGCAGAGAGAGAAUAAAAUAGAGCUGAAGGUAAUUUUUAUAUUUUAUAUUAAAGGUUUACGUUUAGAAAUUAGUAGAAUGUAAAAGUAAUUAGAAUAAAUGGCUGAAUAAAAUAAUAACUUGGAAGUGAAAUUAUAGAAUUCAUUAUAAGAGUCUAGAGUUCUCAAAAAUUAAUUAGUUGAAGGUUUGAGAAGAGAUUGUGGAUCAGGAAUGAAAUCUAAUAGUUUUAUUAAGACAAAGUGA